AUCGUUUCAAUCUCACAAAAAUUGCAACUCCAAGUGUAGGUACUACGCAAUACGAUCCCACAAUUCUCUUCAUUUUCUCACCGUCUCCUUCUUCUGCAUAGUUCUCUCUUCUUUGCUUCAAUUUCUAGGGUUUACAACAACAUCAAUUCAUGGAGGAGGAACCAGUGGUAUUGGAAACAGCGAAUCGUCGUACGAAACGAACGAGAGCUCAAACUAGGGUUAACGAAGAGCAAUUACACAGCAGUGUGAAUGAGGAAGAGAGGGAAGAAUCGUCUGAGGACUUUGAAGACUCUCGUGCUAGACCUAAGCGGAGUAAGGCUUUAGGAGGCACUUCAUCUGCUGCUGCUGCUAGAAAUGCUCAUCAGAGUUUAAUUGAUGUUGUUAAAGGUGAUAGGAGACGAAUUCCUCUAGUGGUCAAGCAUUGGGUGGAACACUAUGAGAAGGAUCCGAAAGCUGCAAUGGCUGGACUAUUGAGCAUGAUGUUUGAGGCAUGUGGAGCAAAAUAUCAUAUUGAAGAAGAUUUCUUGGACCAAACCGAUGUCGAUGAUGUUGUAGUUGCUCUUGUAAACAUGGCUAAGAGGGGUGAAGUUGAGGAUUAUCAAACUUCAAAGAAGAAGGACUUCAAGAACUUCAAAGAUAAUCUCGUCUACUUCUGGGAUACACUGGUUGCUGAAUGUGAAAAUGGACCACUUUUUGAUAGGGUCUUGUUUGACAAGUGCAUGGAUUAUGUGAUUGCGCUAUCAUGCACUCCUCCUAGAGUAUAUCGUCAGGUUGCUUCAUUAAUGGGGCUUCAACUUGUUACAUCCUUUAUACACAUUGCCAAAGUACUUGGUUCACAGCGGGAAACCACACAGAGACAGCUAAAUGCUGAACAGAAGAAGAAAGUGGAUGGGCCUCGAGUUGAAUCACUAAAUAAAAGAUUAUCCAUGACCCAUGAAAAGAUAACAAUAAUAGAGGAGAUGAUGCGGAAGAUAUUUACUGGGCUAUUUAUGCACCGUUAUCGAGAUGUCGAACCUGAUAUCAGAAUGGCAUGCAUACAGUCAUUGGGUGUCUGGAUCCUGUCAUACCCCUCUCUGUUUUUGCAGGAUUUGUAUUUGAAAUAUCUCGGAUGGACAUUGAAUGAUAAAAGUGAUGGUGUAAGGAAGGCAUCAGUUCUUGCACUGCAGAAUCUUUAUGAGGUGGAUGAUAAUGUACCAUCUCUUGGCCUUUUCACGGAGAGAUUUUAUAAAAGGAUGAUCGAGCUUGCUGAUGAUGUUGAUAUUUCUGUGGCAGUAUGUGCUAUAGGACUUGUGAAACAACUGAUAAGACAUCAACGUGUUCCUGAGGAGGAAUUAAGUUCUUUAUAUGAUUUGCUAAUUGAUGAUCCACCUGAAAUCAGGCGUGCCAUUGGAGCUCUAGUGUAUGAUAAUCUGAUUGCCCAGCGAUUGAACAGUUCACAAUCUAGUUCAGGGGAUAAUGCUGAUUCUUCUGAGGUUCAUCUUAACAGACUGUUGCGCAUAUUGGGAGAGUUUUCAAAAGACGAAAUGCUGAGUAUGUAUGUCAUUGAUGAUAUCUGGGAGUAUAUGGACGCCAUGAAAGAUUGGAAACGUAUCCUGUCUAUGCUCUUGGAAGAAGAGCUAUCAGCUGAACUGAGUGAUGCAGACGCAACAAACCUAAUUCGGCUGCUUUUUGCGUCCAUUAGGAAGGCAGUUGGAGAGAAGAUUGUUCCUGCCAGUGAUAAUAAAAAACAAUAUUAUACUAAAGCACAAAAGGACGUGUUUGAAAGUUCUAAGCGUGAUAUAACCAUUGCUAUGAUGAGGAAUUAUCCGCAGCUUCUUCGCAAAUUUAUAUCUGACAAAGCAAAAAUUCCCUAUCUACUUGAAAUCAUUGUUCAUAUGAACCUUGAGCUCUAUUCUCUUAAACGACAAGAUCAGAAUUUUAAAUCUGCGGUACUUCUGAUGAAAGAAGCAUUUUUCAAGCAUGGUGAGAAGGAAGCUCUGAGAUCUUGUGUAAAAGCUCUGAACUUCUGUGCUACUGAGAGUCGUGGGGAGUUACAGGACUUUGCGGUUAACAAAUUGAAGGGGAUUGAAGAUGAGCUCAUUAUGAAACUUAAAUCUGCAAUAAAAGAAGUUGCUGAUGGUGAUGAUGAAUAUACAAUGCUUGUUAACUUGAAAAGGUUGUAUGAACUUCAAUUGUCAAGGCAAAUUUCCACUGAAAGCUUGUAUAAAGAUCUUGCAGAGACUCUGAAGAACUUCAGAAGUAUUGAUGACGAGGUAAUUGGAUUUCUGCUUCUUAACAUGCAUCUGCAUGUUUGCUGGUGCCUACACUCUAUCAUCAACUCUGGCACAGUCCUGGAACAAUCUAUAUCUUCUUUAAUUUCAAAACGCAGUGCCUUGUUUGAACUACUUGAGUCCUUCCUGACUACUAAUUCUCCGGAAGGUCUUCGUGCAAGUCAACUUGCAUGUAGGGUUUGUGUUAUUUUUUCAGAACAGUGGUGUCUGUUCAAGAAAGCAACCUUUGCAUCCACGGAAAUAGAAGCUUUAGGGUACUCUCCUGAUGAAGCCAUUCUUCAAAAGUUCUGGAAGCUUUGUGAACGCCAACUACAUAUUUCAGAUGAGGCUGAAGAAGAAGAUUCUAAUAGGGAAUACAUUGAGGAGACAAAUCGAGAUGCUGUAAUCAUUGCUGUUGGGAAGUUGGUUGCUGUUGAUGCAGUUCCUAAGGAAUAUCUUGCUCCAGAGAUACUAUCUCAUCUUUCAAUGCAUGGGACAAGUGUAUCUGAGGUUAUUAAGCAUUUGCUAACCGUGUUAAGGAAUAAUGGUGCAGAUGUUGCAUGGUUGUUCAUAGAGGCACUAAAAAGGGUGAGCAUCACUACUUGUUAACUGAGAAUUGAGAUGAUUCCUGCUCUAUUUUUGUCACUUGGCAGGUUGGCCUUCCAGUUUCUGGUGAGCGUUUUGAUGAAAUUGCAGAAGAGAAGUCUUACUUCAAAAUUUGAUAAUGAUAUGGUUAAAAUGUUUGGUUGACUGAGUGUAUUAAAAAGGGGAGCCCGGUGCAUGAAGCAUCCCCAUUCACACUGGGUCAGGGGAAGAGCCACACUCAGGUGUGUGUGUGUGUGUAUGUAUGUAAGCAGCCUACCCUGACCCAAGCAUCAGUGACUGGUUCCGCUGCUUGAACCCGUGACGUAUAGGCCCAUGAACGGUACUUAGUAGCACUUUUCUCUGAUGAUGACGAAUCAGCGAGAAAGACUUUUCAUGAAUGUGAAGAUCUCGCCAGUGGGCUUGCCAAGACAUUUGGAAAUACUGCUAGAAACAAGCACCGGUCAGAUCUUCUAAAUAUUGUCACAGGAGGCAUUCAAUAUGCCUUUACUGAUGCUCCAAAGCAUUUAUCUUUCUUGGAUGGUGCUGUGCUGCAUUUCAUAUCUAAACUUCCUCCUUCAGAUAUUAUGAACAUCUUGAAAGAUGUCGAGAAAAGAACUGAAAAUGUUAACACGGAUGAAGAUCCAAGCGGUUGGCGACCCUAUCAUAUAUUUGUAGAUACAGUCCAUGAGAAGUAUGCUAAGUGUGAAGUUUUACAAGAUGAUAAGGAAGCUACAGCUGGGAGACGUCGAGGUCGUCCUACCAAGAAGCAGAACAUACAAGGAAAGAAACUUUUUGACGAGCACAAUUCUAGUGAAGACGAGGAAUCAAUCAGUGGAUCUGACCAAGAGGCAGAUGAAGAAAAACAAGAUGAUGAAGAGGUUCCUCUAAUACAUUCUUUCAAGUCAUCAUCCAAGCUAAGGUCUCUGAAGAUAUCAAGAGAGAGCUGAAGCUAUGUGAGAACUGGUCAUUUUGGUCUCUGUUUAGAGUUUUCCUGUUCCAAAGCAUCAGGUUCUCAAGUCUUAAAAAUCUGCUCUCUAUAUCACGAGCAAACAGGUUCCUCACGAACCAUAGUUUGAGAUGAAAACUUUGUUGAAGUAGACCUUAGGUGCAGCCUUGUGUAUUUAAAAUAGGUCUCGUCUCCAGUCUCUUAUUUUUUUUUCCUUUUCAAAGUAGCUGUAUUUGUGAUUUCUUUUUGGCAGCUUCAACCCAUUUAUGGAUUUGGUAAGUUAUUACUUCUCGGGAUUAUCUUGUGAUUGUGUAACCUUUGGGCUCCUAAUGGCUAGUAAGUUCUGAAUUGCCAAAAUGAAAGUACUAGGAAGAGAUAUACUGAAGAUGGAGACAAUUCAAGUAGGAGUAAUGCAAAACAUUCAAUUACAACUAUUGACAAGCUGCUAUUGAUAUUUACAUAUUAGUUGUAA